UGUCAGAAGGCUGCAUGUCAGACAUGUUAUAUCACCUACCACAGAGCUUGUAAAACUGUCGUCACCAUUGAGUCUAUGAAGCCAGAGAUGGAGGCAGCACUGCUGGAGAAGAGAUUUGACAUGGGGAAGAGACUGAAAGUGAGGUCGAAGAAAGUAGAGAUGAAAAAUAAGAAACUCAAGACUAUUUUUAGAGUUAAAGAGUCAGCUGUACAACAUAUUAGGUCUAUAUGUCAGACAACUAUAAACAAGAUUAAACAGAAAGAAACACAACUCUUGGAUGAACAGAAUACCAUUACACAGACGUACGCCGGCCAACUCCGUUCUGGUUUGAAGCUUGAAGAGAUUGAGAUGCAUAUGUACAGACAACAUUGUGAGUUCAUUGACCAGGCCUUGGUAUCGGACUGUGUGAUGAACCUGUAUGACGCGUAUCAGGCCUUGGAGUCGGGAGCUAUAGAGCUGGGGGAUGUCAGGGACACAGACACAGUAGACACACGGAGAAUAGACGACGUCAGGUUUACAUCAAACGCUGAGCAUGUCCAGCACAUCAUAGAUAACCUACAUCUGGGAAAGAUUCACGUCACAUAUCAGGAUCAGACGAAAUGUCUGUUGUCGCCUGUGCUAGUUGGAAUUAAAGACGGGAGGAUGGCGGGUGAUGAGAAAGAGGCUGAUCUACGCGACGUCACAGUCCUGGUUGUAGACGGUACACAGACUGCUGUGGUUACCGACAUGAAGAAUGAGUGUGUAAAAUCUUUCUACACAACAAACAACCAGCGAUGUCAAAGUAAACUUCCCCUGGGUGACCUUCCAUGUGGUGUAACACAGUUGAAGGAGAAACAGGUUAUGGUUGCUGUCCCUGGAUCCCAUCAGAUUGUAACAGUAAAAGUGACCCCUGACCUGGCCCUGCUCUCGUCCUUCACAACAAAUAAGGUGUAUUACAGUCUCGCUGUUCUUAAUCCUUCCUGCCUAGCAGCAGGUGGAUACGGCGUUGUUGAUAUCCUGGACAUGGCGGGGCAUGUGCUGAGGACACUCACUAAACGCAACAAGACCCUGUUUACUUUCCCCUACUACAUGUGUGUCAACAGCAAGGGCAACAUACUCGUGUCUGACGAGAGGAAGAAGUCUGUUACAUGUCUAACGUCAGAAGGUGAUGUUGUGUUCAAAUACGCACCUACCGGAGACAGAGCGCUCAGCUUGCCUCGUGGCAUCACAACUACCAGCAAAGGAGACAUUCUGCUUGUAGACAGGAGCACCAAUGAAAUGAUUCAGCUGACAGAGUCGGGGGAGUUAGUUGGAGAUGUUCUCAAGUCAAAAGACGUGUGUGAUGUAUUCUGCGAUAAAUACGGAUUCUUCUUUCUGUGUACAAAAACGGAUGUGAGAGAGUAUAUGUUAGUGUGAUAGAAAAAACAAAACAAUCAUGGAUUGUGCAUGAGGUUAUUCUGAAAAGGUUAUAAGUAAAUUUAUGUAAAGAGAAUAGAUCGAGUAAAAGAGUAGAAUACAUAAUAAAAACAGUCUUGGGUA